CUCUAUCGCCUCCGAGCCCCACGAAAAUGGCGACGGCGCUACCUUCAUCGCCCCUCUCUUCCAUCACGAUCACGCUCAGAGCUCUCGGCGGCAAUGUCGUCGGAGCAUUCCCCGCGACAACAACAAGAAGGACGAAAGCUCGUCUCUUCCCAAGUGGCAACAAAGACCGGAACUUUGCGCUCGUGACCUCGGCUGUGGAGACGAGCAAGAGAGGCGAGGGUAAGGUCGCGCGUAGGAAGAGCGUUAGGAGUCCGGUUUUGAGCGAAGGGAGGGACGAGGAUGAGCAGCGCGGGCAGAUUUGUCCCGGGUGCGGGGUCUUCAUGCAGGACGAGGACCCGGACCUUCCUGGGUAUUACCAGAAGCGGAAGGUCGGUGAGGGAGAAGCGUCGGGAGAUGAGGAUGAGGAUGAGAGUGGUGAUGGUGUCGUGGAGGACCAUUUCGAAGAAGAAAUCGGGGAGCUUGGGGACGUUGUCGAGGGUCAAUUGGGGAUGGAUGGUGAGGUGGGAGGCGAGUUUGAUUGGGAGAGUGAUGGAUGGGAGGGGGAGUUCUUGGAGGACAGCGGUUCGGAGGAUUUGGAAUUGGAUGGUUUCACGCCCGCUGGAGUUGGGUAUGGCAACAUCACGGAGGAGAUUGUGGAGCGACAGCAGCAGAAGAAGAAGGAGAAGUUGUCGAAAGCCGAAAGGAAGAGAUUGGCUAGAGAGGCUCGGAAGGAGAUAGAGAAGGUCACGGUGUGCGCUCGAUGCCAUUCGUUGAGGAACUACGGGCAUGUGAAAAACCAAGCAGCUGAGAACUUGAUACCCGAUUUUGAUUUCGAUAGGUUAAUCACCACCCGUUUGAUGAAGCCCACCGGAAACGCAAAUUCUACUGUUGUGGUUAUGGUGGUUGAUUGUGUCGAUUUCGAUGGGUCUUUCCCGAAAAGAGCAGCAAAGACCUUGUUCGAGGCAAUUGAAGGGACUAAAAAUGACCCGAAGCUUAAUAAGAAGUUGCCCAAGCUUGUUCUUGUGGCUACAAAGGUGGAUCUGCUCCCUUCUCAAAUUUCGCCCGCAAGAUUAGAUAGUUGGGUCCGGCACCGUGCUAAGGCAGGAGGAGCACCUAAGCUAAGUGGAGUUUAUAUGGUCAGUUCUCGUAAGGAUUUGGGAGUGAGGAAUUUGUUGGCGUUCAUCAAGCAGCUGGCAGGUCCAAGAGGAAAUGUGUGGGUAGUUGGGGCACAAAAUGCUGGAAAAUCUACUCUAAUUAAUAUUAUGGCAAGGAAGGAAGGAGCAAAAAUCACGAAACUGACGGAAGCUCCCAUUCCUGGGACGACACUGGGUAUUUUGAGGAUUGGAGGGAUUCUGUCAGCCAAGGCAAAGAUGUACGACACGCCAGGGCUUCUUCAUCCAUACUUGAUGUCUAUGAGACUGAACAGGGAUGAGCAGAAAAUGAUCGAAAUAAGAAAAGAGCUACAACCUCGGACUUACAGAGUGAAGGGUGGGCAGGCUGUGCAUGUUGGUGGCUUAACGAGAUUAGACCUUAAUCAAGCUUCUGUAGAGACAAUUUAUGUCACGAUCUGGGCAUCUCCAAGCGUCUCUCUACAUUUAGGGAAAAUUGAAAAUGCUGAAGAGAUUUGGAGAAACCAUGUUGGCAUAAGGUUGCAGCCUCCAGUUGGAAAAGAAAGAGCCUCUGAAUUAGGCAAAUGGGAGGAAAGGGAAAUCAAAGUUUCCGGGACCAGUUGGGAUGUGAAUAGUUUGGACAUUGCAAUAGCUGGACUCGGUUGGUUUUCUGUAGGUCUCAAGGGUGAGGCAACCCUGUCAUUGUGGACAUACAAUGGCAUCGAAGUCACUUUACGAGAACCUUUGGUUCUAGAUCGGGCUCCUUUCCUUGAAAGACCUGGGUUCUGGCUGCCGAAAGCUAUAUCUGAAGCCAUUGGCAACCAAAACAAACUUGAAUCCAAGAGAGAGAAGGAACUCCAAGAGGAGACUGAUGAUUUGCUUUCUCAGGUCUCUGUUUGAAGCAUGAACGCCCUUUUGGCGAUGUAAUUGAGCAUUAAGGUCUGUGGCAGAGAUUUAUAGGCCAUGGGGAACAAUGCAGCCUUUUUGUGCCGAGCGCUUGGUUCAUGUGCCCACAGACAGAGCUCCCGCUUUUUGUCGGCUUUUUCAAACACCAAUUUUGGAUUCAGAAGGCAGGGGAGGUGCAAAUGAAUCAGUGUGAGUACUGAUGCUGCUACAACGAUGUCAGAAUGUCAUCAGCUGUUAGAUGAUUGUAGAAUGAUUCAAACUAAAUGUAACAACUGGUUUUCUAUUCAAGGGGUUGAUAAAGAUGCAUCUCUUGAAAUUA